AUGGAGCAGGGGGUGUGGGCAGGUGUGGGGGGGAGGGGAAGGGGCCUGUCCCAGGACGUGUACCAAGGUCUGCAGCAAGUGUCAGGGCUGGACUCCAGUCUGGACCAAGUACCGGAGCUACAACUACCAAAUAACCCAACAGACAGACCCAACACCAGAGGGAGAGAAGGACCAGAACUACACCAGACCAGAGGGGAGAAGGACCAGAAGAGAGAGUGGGACCAUAGCUACAGACCCCAGACCAGAAGGGGAGAAGGACCCGAGGGCACAGAAGGAGCAGAGCUAAGGUGCUUUUGUGUGUCCGUGCGAUGCCCGUGA